AUGGCCGUUUCCCCCUUCUCGUGGAGCGGUGUUUUUGUCAUCAAAAAACCUUGGACAGAUGUUAUGCGAGCAGCCCAAAUAAAGUAUCCAAAUCCUUUCAAUCCCAACGUUUUAUCCAUUGAUGUCGUCUCUCGAGAUAUGGACAUGGAAACUGGUGUUCUUCAUACGGUCAAAUUGAUAAACUCAUCGUGGCCCAUGUUUACCAAUGUCGGGGAGCUCAAAGCCGUCGAGCGCACUAUAGUUGAUCCUCGGAGGAAAUAUAUGCUUUUGGAAUCAAAUAACGUGGAUUUAAGGGGCGUGCUCAAGGCCUCGGAGAAGCUAGAAUACGAAGUGCAUCCUGAUAACGCAGAAUGGACUAUCAUUCGUCAUCGCGUUUCCGUGGAUGCCUUCCGGUUCAUUGCCUAUGCAGCGCUUUCCGCUAGUCAAAAAGCCGCUCGUUUGGGUCGCGAAGCUCUAAACUGGGUCAUCGACAACCGGGUAGAUCAUUUUAUGGUUCGCGCCCCUUUACUUCGUCUUCAGUCCCCGGCUACUACAGCUUCCUCCGGUGCCCCUACCACUUCUAAACCCAGUUGCCCCGCAAAUGGGAUAACCGCACACUCCUUGUGGAGUCGCUGGCGUUUCUUCCUACCUCCUGCUAUCGUGGCACACGCAAGUACCGACCAGUUGUCCAACUCCUCUUUGCUUGUGCGUCGCCAACGGACAUGUUCGACGAGCAGUCUACCGGCUUCCCUCGAGUGCGUGGUGACUUCUUUCGACUCCUUCAACCCGACUGAGGCAUUGGGCGAAAUCAGGGAAAAAGUGGCCACUGACGUCACGGUGUUGCGUGAACGGUUGCGCAGACAGUGUCAGAAAGUUGUCAGUCGAUUCUCCAAGGUUGAUGAAUACGUGCUUAUCAUGUAG